CACACCAACACCGCUCCACCAUGUACAAGCUCCUGAUCCUGUCCGCGUUGGUGGCCGCCGCUUCCGCCGGCUACCUGGGAGGCUACGCCGCCCCCGCCUACGCCGCCCCCGUCGCCGCCUACGCCGCCCCCGUCGCCGCCGUGGCGCACGCCCCCGUGGCUGUGGCCCACGCCGCCCCUGCUGUGGCCGUAGCGCACGCCCCAGUCGCCUCCUCCGUGGCCAACACGUACAGGAUCUCGCAGACUGCCCGCCUCGCCUACGCAGCCCCUGCCGUGGCUCACGCCCCCGUGGCCUACGCCGCCCCCGCUGUAGCUCACGCUCCCGUCGCCUACGCCGCCCCCGCUGUGGCUCACGCCCCCGUCGCCUACGCCGCCCCCGCCUACGGCUACGCCCGCUACGCCGCCGCCGCCCCCGCUCUGGGCUACGGGUACGGAGCCUACGGCUAUGCCGCCCCCGCUCUUGGCUACGGCCACGCUCUCGUCCAUUAGGGCCACACCAACUACAGUGUACCCCAUUUGUAACA